UGUUUAUGCCUAUUUUAAGCAUAUAUUUAUUGUUUCAUGCAAAGUGCAGACCGUUUCUCUAUUUGACAAGAUUCAAGAAGUGCAUUGCAUCUGUGCAAAUGAGGUUAGGGGUUGGAACAAAUGAGCAGCAGAUGCCUUCAGCUGUUGGAAAAAUGCAAGAACAUAAAGCAAUUAAAGCAGGCUCAUGCAUUGGUGAUGACAAGUGGGCUUGGGAGCAAUGGUUUUGCUCUCAGCAGGAUCUUGGCAUUCUGCUCAGACCCUUUUCAUGGCGGCCUCUCUUAUGGCUACAAAAUCUUUCGAAACAUUGAGAACCCCACAAUUUGCAUUUGUAACACGAUGAUCAAGGCUUUUCUGCUCAAAGAUGAAAACUUUAGAGGCAUGGAGGUAUACAAGUUGAUGUUGAGGUAUGGGAUGUGCCCUGAUAAUUACACUCUUCCUUACGUCUUGAAAGCUUGUGCAAACAUGAAAAGUUUGGAUCUUGGAGGUUCGGUUCAUGGGCAUGGUUUGAAGUUGGGUUUUGUGUCUGAUAAUUUUGUGGGCAACUCUUUGAUUGUUAUGUACUCUGCUGUUGGUGAAAUGGGAGCAGCAAGAUGUGUUUUUGAAGAGAUUUCUUGCCGUUGUGUUGUCUCUUGGACAGUUUUGGUUUCUGGGUAUGCUAAGAAAGGGGAAGUUUGUUCAGCAAGAUUGGUUUUUGAUGAAGCCCCAGUUAAGGAUAGGGGGAUUUGGGGUGCUAUGAUCUCAGGGUAUGUGCAAAACAAUUGUUUUAAAGAAGGGUUGAGAUUGUUUAGGUUGAUGCAGUUGAGUGGUAUUAAGCCUGAUGAGGCAAGUUUUGUUAGCGUACUUUGUGCUUGUGCUCAUUUGGGCUCUCUUGAAAUUGGGAAAUGGAUUCAUAGAUAUGUGGAGAAGCACAAAAUGCCAGUUACUGUUAAAUUGGGCACUGCCCUGAUUGACAUGUACUCAAAAUGUGGGUGCUUGGAUUUGGCUGAGAAGGUGUUUGAUAAAAUGCCUCACAGGGAUGUCAUUUGCUGGAACACGAUGAUUUCAGGAUAUGCUAUGAAUGGUAAUGGAGAAAUGGCCCUUAGAUUGUUCGAUGAGAUGCAAAAGUCCAGGGUACGGCCGGAUAACGUGACGCUUAUAUCUUUGCUCACUGCUUGUAGCUACUCAGACAUGGCACACGAAGGCCUACAUUUGUUGUAUAUUAUGUGUAAUGUGUACCAUAUUGAGCCCAAAAGCGAGCAUUAUGGAUGUAUAGUCGAUUUGCUCACCCGGGCGAGGCUCAUUGAAGAAGCUAAUGCCAUAAUUCAAAAGAUGCCCAUCUCCGGUUCUUCCUCUGAAGAAGCUAUAGCUUGGAGGGCACUACUUAGUGCUGCUUGUAGUCAUGGUCAAGUCAAUAUGGUGGAGGCGGCUGCGGAGAGGGUCAUGGCAUUAGAACGCCAUAGUGGAGCUUAUGUUUUGCUAGCUAAUGCAUAUACAGCUGCAGGAAGACACAGUGAAGCACGGAGGAUUAGGAAUGUGAUGAAAAACCGAGGUGUGGAAAAGACACCCGGUUGUAGCUCUAUAGAGAUUAACGGUAUAGUCCACGAGUUUAUUGCUGGGGAGAAGAUGCACUUUGAAAUAGAUGAAAUACAACAACUUCUGGAGGUCAUUAAGAAGCAGUUAGAUACUCCACAGUGCAGCUUAAGCUUUGACGUAAUUUUGUAGGUAUGGGGCUUUUCUUUCUUUAUAUCAAAUAUUGCUUGUAUUGAACCCCUGCUGUUAGAUCAAAUACGAGGAGUAUAGUGAGCAAAAUGUUGGUCCAUUCCUACAUUAAAACAAGAAAUCGUACUGGUCAAUCUCCAAACUUCGACACUGUUAAUCAUCUCAGAAAGAAAUACUAACAUAGUCCAUGAACUCCGGUCGGGGAUGAAUUAUGCUCCCGUAUUAGCAAUGGUUCAUCCGCAUAUUAGCAUCAUUAACGAGCAAUUUGACAAUAAAUAAAGGAGAGUAAUAAUACCAAAUAUUACUGCAAGAUGACAUAAUAUAUACAGAGUGCUGGCAACUUAGAAGCCCAAGCUUCAAUGAUGUUUUAAUUGGGAGCUACACGUUACAUGAAUCUUUUGGCAUCAAUUGUUCUGAAUACUAACUGAUUCAUAUGACCACAAAAUAAUAACUAACAAAAAUCAAUACUCAGCGAGGAAAAAUGAUUCAUUCGACUAAACUACAAAGUCUGAAUCCGAGAGUUCCAGGACUUUGUGUUCACCAAUAGGUUUCACGCCUGGGCGGAAUGAAUUUCCUUCAAUGUAC